UAAUAGUCAAUAGGGGUGUGCUGGCACGUAAACCGCCCAAGACAGAAGUUUAUAAUUAUUAAAUUGCCAUGUUUUAGCAAAAUAGGAAAAUAAGAAAAAAAUACUAGAGGGGAUUAAAGGAAACCAUAUUAUGCAAAGGUAAACAACUACUGACAGAAGUGUUUUAGAAAGCUAGGUUUAAGAAAUGUCCGGAAGAUGAAAACAAUAACUGGAGGGAAUUUUUAAGAAGCCAUAUUAUAGAAAGAUCGCCUCAGUGACUGAAACAAUUUAUCCUUAUUGUGCCUCCUUGAGUGGCGAGGGAACACAGAUGUGGUAUUGUCGAUGCGUCAGUGCUUCCAAAACAAAUUGUAACGCGCCUAGCUCAAAAAAGUUAUUGCUUGAUGGGAGAACUAUAAGGGACUUGGAUUUCGGAUGCAUAUGGACGUGAAAAUCAAACAAGACAUGGACAGACAGAUGGCUUUGCGUGAAAACGAGUUAUACUGGCGCAUUUAUCUCCUACUCAAUGAAGGAGUGCCCGUAGUUUCAAAGCUCGUUAUAUCCCGAGAAUUGGGCAGACAUGGAAGUGACUUAGAUUUUCUUUUGCUUCAAAGUAAAGACCAACUGAAAAAGACUCAUCGUCUGAAUGAAUCAGAAAUUGAAGUUUUGUAUCCUGCCGAUGGAAACACAAACAUAGACAAGUGGAACUCGAAUAUGUUCACAAGUGUAAUUCUUACCAUAUUUCGUACCUCCCUUCUACAAAAUGAAAGGAAGCAAAUACGAGAUAUUCACAAUAUUCUAAAAGAGCUGUGUAUCAAUCCAGACGAGUACGCGUUAGAUGACGAGACAUUUGACGACCAUAAAACAACACUUAAAGAUGCACUGUCAUCUCUUGCCUUUGACAAAAAGGUAAAAUCCGAAAUUGAUGACUUGAUCAAUAUUUAUACCAACCAGCCAUUGAAUGCUGCAGAUUUGCUGCGACAUAUUGAAGACAUCAACUUGUCUGAAGAGACACGACAGCAAUUGGAAAUCUUUCUUCAUUCACCCCCCGCUAUCAUGGGAGACAGUGGUGAUAAUACGAGCGAUGAUGUUUAUGAGGAAGAGUCCAUUGGUAAUGUUACCUCCACAAACAUCCUUGACAAAGGUACACAAGAAACGCCUGAAAAUAUUCAUAGCAAUGAUUAUGACGGUGACAGACAACUUUCUGAUGCGAUAGAUAGGGAAAAUGAAGUGCAUGCUGACGAUGACAGAUACACAGUUGAUACAAUAUACAGUCGCGAUACUAGUGAAUUUCAUGAAGAAGGUAAGUCUGUCUUUCUUUUUGAUACAUCUAUAUACAUGAAACAGGAGAUUAGUUUUUAUCGGUUAGUUAAACAUUAACAAGACAAUGGCUACAGGAUAUACAAGUAAUGAUAUCAAGUUAUUACGGAGUCCUGUUGGGGCCUUUUAUAAUGUCGCUGUCGCGUUUGUGGGGUCGACACA